AUGGCUUCUUCUACCUUCAGCGGCGACGAAACCGCUCCUUUCUUCGGCUUCCUCGGAGCCGCCGCAGCUCUCGUCUUCUCCUGCAUGGGUGCGGCUUACGGCACAGCGAAGAGUGGGGUGGGUGUGGCCUCCAUGGGAGUGAUGCGGCCUGAGCUGGUGAUGAAAUCGAUCGUGCCGGUGGUUAUGGCUGGAGUGCUUGGGAUCUAUGGGCUCAUCAUAGCUGUUAUUAUUAGCACCGGGAUUAACCCAAAGGCCAAAUCUUAUUACCUCUUUGAUGGGUACGCGCACUUGUCCUCUGGCCUUGCUUGUGGUCUCGCCGGACUCUCCGCCGGAAUGGCCAUUGGGAUCGUCGGUGACGCCGGUGUCCGGGCUAAUGCACAGCAGCCAAAGCUCUUCGUUGGUAUGAUUCUUAUCCUUAUCUUCGCCGAAGCUCUUGCCUUGUAUGGCCUCAUUGUGGGGAUCAUCCUCUCGUCCCGAUCAGGGCAAUCUCGCGCAGAUUAA